CAGUUUGCGUCGCGGCCGCGGACCGCGUAGUCGCGCGUCGCGUGCUACGAAACUACAGGGGUUUCACGACUCGGGGUGCAAAUUUUUUUUCGCAAGUUUUUCCCCCUUUUUCUGAAAAUUCAAAGGUGGAUUUUAAUUAAUGGUGUCGUGUUUUGGCUCGGAUGUGAUUCUUGUGCUGGUGUAAGGUGUGAAUAUUUGAGUGUCAACGGUUUUUAUUUCGACGGUAUUUUCGUGUGUUUACGCGUAGUGUAAUUAUGUUAGUGUAACUGAGAUCAAAAACAGUCUUCCUUAACAAUUCUAGUCUAAAACCUAGUGCAAUAUACAUAGCAUAGCAUAGCAUAACAUUUAAACAUAACGGUCAAAAGUAAAACGAACAAAAAGUGCGGCCUAUAUGUGACGAAUAUAAGAAUAAAAAUAAAAAGAGUGGUGACAGAAAUUCGGGUGUGAAAGUGGCGGUGUGUGUAAUUCACAUGUGGUGUGUUGUGCGGUGGGGUGCGGCUCACCUAUGACGAACAACAAUAACGGUGUGAACGGCAGCGCGGCCGGCGAGCCCGCCGCCCUCGACAUGGAGUCGCUCGAGGAAAUGCUUCGUAAGCUCUCGGAGCUCGAGCAGCGAGUCCUGGAAGCCGAGGGCAGGGCGGAAGAAGCGGAAGACAAGGUCCGCGCCAUGGAGCAGCGGCUGUGCGAUUGGCCAGCGGGCACUGAUGGUGCACCCCGAGCCAUUACGCGGCUAGAAGGCCAAAUUGAAGAACAGAAGCAGCUAAGACUCCAGGACGCGAAGCAGGUGGAAGCGAAGGCAGCCCGCAUCAAGGAGUGGGUGACCAACAAGUUGCGGGAGCUGGAACAACAGAACCAACUGCUUAGGGAACAGAACGACCGCUGUAACCAGCAACUUGAGUUACUCCGGAACCAUAUAGCGGCUUCGGGUAGUCGGAAUUGCACUUUUUUACCAACUCGAGCGAGCCUAUCGCUUGAGGUGCGAACAGAUGACGGUUCACCCCGAGCCACAUCCAGUCUAUUGGCCUCAAAUCGUCGACGCUCAGAGAGCCUAGAGGGUCCCCAGUUACCAAUAAAUUCAUCGGAGCCCCACUACAGUACGCCGGUGCGACACAGACGGAACCUGUCCAUCGGUACUACCAACAUAGCGAAUACCGUCAAUGCUGCCAACCCUCCCGGCCUGAACACCAUGAAUAGGACUAUGGAUGAAAAGACUACUGCCAGCUUAUUGGCUGAUGAUUUAGCGGCGGCCGUAGAGAACUUAGUGGUGCUACCGACAACGCCUAAUACUUCAACUGACGGUGACACCACGCACGACUACGCUGAGAUUUAUACACCCAGCAGAGAGCGCACCCCGGCGUGGCAAGGCAACGUGAACGUGAUAGUGCAGGGCAACAGCCGCGGCGGGUCCUCCACCGGCGACAGUUCCACCUCGGAGCAACCGCGGCCCCCCACCCCGCCGCUACAUCGGUUCCCUAGUUGGGAGGCUAAGAUUUAUCAGGUGGCAGACGACGGACUCCAACAAUCAGUGGAGGAGGAACUGUCCCCGCCGCCGUGUCCGCGGCCCAUGCACGAGUCCACCAGCUACCAGGAUAUAUCCGUCCCAGUCUACGCCACUGUUAAAGGGCGUGCCAGUCAGAUAAGGUCGAUGCCUUUCACGGGCGACUCCUCGGACGACUCGUCAGAUGGAGAGGAGUCCAUGGGCGUCACCGUACAUAACACCCCGCAUCAUCAGCUUGUCAACGUCAACCCUAUGUUUAGCGGCCAAACCUCAACCCAAAUGCCGAUAAACAACGUGAACCUGACAAGUACACUACCAGCAGCCCUGCAGCAGGCGACGGGCGCGCUGGUACUGGCCAGCAACGGCCAGUGCAGCUCGUCCGACACCAGCCUCAGCGCCAGCAGCCCGUCCAAGAGUGUGAAGACCAGCUCCAGUCUAAGUCCUGCUAAACGAUCCAGUUCUGGCUCGCCUAGCAAGCAGAGUAAGACUCGAGACACAUCAUUCGAGUCAGGCAUGUCGGACGACUACGCGAUACCGCCGGACGCGGUGUCCUGCGACAGCACGGCGUCACCGUCGCUAGCGUCCCUGUGUCGCGCGCCGCCCACCACCGACUCGCCGCGGCGACACGACGCCUUGGAGAAGAGCGGCCAUCUUGCCAAGUUAGGUGGCAAACUCAAGACCUGGAGGAAACGAUGGUUCGUCCUCAAAAACGGGACGCUUUCAUAUUGGAAGUCGCAAUCGGAGGUGAACAGGAAGCCUCAAGGUCAGAUCGGUCUCGGCGAAGCCUGCAAGAUAUCGCGGAAUGAGGGCGCGGCGACAUUCGAGAUAUUCACCGGCAGUAGGACGUACUACUUGACCGCUGACAGCAUCGCCACUAUGGAGGACUGGAUUAGAGUUCUACAGAACGUCCAAAGAAGAAACGCGACGAAACUCCUGCUGAGCAAAGAAGACAAUAAGCCUACGAUCCAGGGCUGGCUCACCAAGGUCAAGAAUGGCCACGCCAAGAAGAGCUGGUGCGUGCUCAUUGGGAAGAUGUUCCUGUACUUCAAGUCGCCUGGAGACCAGAACCCAACCGGCCAGAUCAACAUGCGAGACGCGCGAGUAGAAGACGUGGAACACGUAUCAGACUCCGACUCAGAAGAGAAGAACGAUGACACUCGCAACCACCUCACCGUCGCCAUCUAUCCGCAACACCAGGUAACUGGGGGUCCAACAUACCUUCUGUUCGAGAGUAAAGCAGACAAGGACUCCUGGCUGUACCACCUGACGGUGGUCAGCGGCGGCGGACUGAGCCAGGGCACCCACUUCGAACAGCUCAUACAGAAGCUCAUGGAGACUGAUGGGGAUCCUAAUUGUGUUCUAUGGAGGCAUCCAACGUUACUGUAUUCUAAAGAAAAUCUGACGUCUCCACUCACAUCGCUCAACUCCGAAGCGUUACAAGCAGAAGCAUUAAAACUAUUCAAGUGCGUGCAGCUGUUCAUGUCGGUGGCGGUGGAGCAGGCGGGCAUCGACUACCACGUGGUGCUGGCGCAGAACGCGCUGGCGCAGUGCCUGGACGUGGGCGAGCUGCAGGACGAGCUGUGCUCCGUGCUGGCCCGCCAGGUCACGCCGCACCAGCCCUCCAAGCUCGGCGUACAGGUAACGCCCGCAAGACGCCACAAACUACACGUUAAGCCCACCAAGCUUAAGAAUCAACUGCUACUGUGCGCGACUCAGUCGCUGUUCACGUGCGACACUGGCGCCGCGUCGGUGGGCUCGGACAGCAAGAGCGACGUCCCCACGCAUGCCGCCGGCUCACCUAGCUCUAUACAGGCGCCGCUGUUGUCGGUGGACUGCAAGAGCAACCCUCCCACGUACAGCUUUGUACAAGGAUGGCAACUCCUGGCUCUGGCCGUCAGUCUCUUUGUGCCACGGAAUAACAGGCUACUGUGGUAUCUGAAGCUACAUUUGAGUAGGCAUGCGGAUUCUAAAACGGAGUGCGGUAAAUACGCGGCGUACUGCGCGCGUGCGUUAGAACGUACCAUCCGCAACGGCGGGCGCGAAGACAAGCCGUCCCGCAUGGAGGUGCUAUCUAUUCUAUUGAAGAACCCCUACCACCACUGCCUACCCCACGCCAUACCUGUCCAUAUGCUCAAUAAUACUUACCAGGUGAUAAGCUUUGACGGCUCGACGACUGUGGAAGAGUUCCUGUCUACAUUAAGUACAGAGCUUGGAUGCAGGGAGUCAGCGGCGUCAGGGUUCGCGCUGUUCAGCGACGACCCUAUCGAGAAGGACUUGGAACAUCACAUUAAACCUGAUAAAAAGCUAUGUGACGUAAUAUCAAAAUGGGAGACAGCGCUCAGAGAGAAGGGCUCCGGGAAGUUCGAAAACUCUCGAGUGAUCCGACUUACGUAUAGAAAUAGGCUCUACUUCAAGAACUCGAUAAGGACAGAGACUGACAAGGAGCGGUUAUUACAAUGCUACCAGGUUAAUCAACAAGUGGUAGCAGGUCGUUUCCCAGUGACCAGAGAAUUGGCAGCGGAACUGGGCGCGUUGAUGGCGCAACUGGACAUGGGCGACUACUCCGCCGCCAACACGCAACACAACCAGCCUCUGGCGCAUCGGUUCUAUCCGUAUAGGUACAGGGCCGGCCUUAGUAAUGAUGAGUUAAGGGACGUGGAAGAAAAGUUGCGAUCAAAAUGGGUGGCGCUGAAAGGCAGGAGUAGUGCAGACUGUGUGAGGAUCUACCUCAACUGUACGAGGAAAUGGCCAUUCUUUGGUGCUACGCUGUUCCAGGCUAGGAUAAAGCAGCCGGACCUGUCGAUGGUUUGGCUGGCGGUGUCGGAAGAUGGCGUGACGGUGCUAGAGCUGGCGUCCAUGGCCGUCAUAGGACGGUACGCGCUCAGCUCCAUCGGACUCUUCGGUGGACUACAGGAUGACCUAAUGAUGCUAAUCGACGCUGAAGACGCAGCGAGUCCAGUACACAAGAUGUUGAUUAGUCUCAACAAGCCAAAAAUGGCAGAGCUGACCCAUCUAAUAGCGGACUACAAGAACGCGUUGCUCCGCGCGGGCGGGCCGGGCACGCCGCAGAUGAACUCCCUCACGCGCAACGGCAGCCACCGCUCCGUGCGGACCAAGGCCGCCUCCUCGCUGCCGCACUCCUCCCCCUGCACGCUGCAGCACGGGGCCCACGCCCCCCACGGUACGCACGGCCAUGGUACACUCCCCUCGCACGCCGGCACGCUGUCGGACCGCAACAACACGCUGACGCUGAGCUCGCACGACUACUCGCACGCGCACCACGGCCAGCCCGACAUCCUCAAGGCCACGCCCGACCACCGCGCAGACAAGAAGCGCGCCCUCGCGCACGACCCCGGCCUCGCGUGACGACACCACUAGCCCCCCCACUGACGCCACCGCUUUGGGAACCUACCCUGCUAAGGUAACAAACCGCCGCACUCAGACACAUUUAAUUAUUACUUAACCCAGUUCUUAGCAAUCGUUUUCGAUACAAAAUCGUUACUAAGGAAUAGUUUAAGUAAUCAUUAAAUGUCUCUGAGUGCGCCAGUUAUUUUCUAAAACCUUGUGUGUAUUCUUGCCCAAGAAAAACUAUGAUUUCUUUCAUAUCGUAGUCCAACAUGUUGAUCUUACUGUCAUCACACUCAACUUCCUUGUACAGUGUAAUUAUUAUUAUUAUGUAACAUUCUCAAAGCGGUCGCCUCAUCACUUUAUUCGAGGAUAGGAAAUGGCCCGCGAACUAAGAUAGCAUUCCACCAAAUAUAUAGGACAAAUGGGAAAUAAACGAAAUAAUAAUAUACCUCAUAUUUUGUAGCGAACGAUUCAGCCUAUUUUUAUUGGCUUUUUAAUGAUAGAUUAAAACAUAGUUUAUAAUUUAUUUUUUCAGCGUAAUUUUUAAAUAAUUGUUUGAAGUUUUGCUACCGUACGAUAGUGGUUUCGGCUUGAAGUGUAUAAUGUAUGAUUCGUAUGGAUGUGUCGAUGUUUAUACGCAGUUUAAAUGCCAAUUUUAUACAUGUAGUUGUAUAUGUACGUGUACAGGGCGCGAUAAAUUGUACCUAGAAGUUAUUCUUAGCGAAAUUUUCUGAAUAUUUUUUGGACGAAAUUCUUCUAUACAUGCUUGGAGUUACAUGUUAGUUAGUCAGAUAUUACUUUUGAUUUAAUUCUGGUUUUAUAGCUUUUUAUACAACUUGGAUAUUGCACAAAUGGUGUAAAUAGUGAUACGUUUAUCCACCCCUGUACUGUUUAGAUCGGAGUCCAUUUAGCAUAAUAUACGGGGUGUCCCGUAUGGCGUAUGAUUCUAAUCUUUUCUACUAACUGUGCUAGUUCGGGUAGAUCUGUCCUUUCAUUCGACUGACAUGGGAGAGGUUACACUGGCGUUUAAUGCGACUGAAGUGACUUAGUCGAUUAAUUUGUAAAAUGUAUUUGGUUAGAUGUAAUAGUGAUUAAUUCAAUCAUCAAAAACAUGAUAAAGACGAUCUGUAAUAACAUUAGAAUAUUUUUUUUCUUGAAUCUCAUUUGACUUGUUUAAAAGAAAAGAUUUAUUAAUUAAAUAAAGUAUUUUUUAAAUAAGUCGCACUGCAUUUUUGUAUAAUAAAAAGUGCAGGGACCUUAGUCUGCUAUUACAAUUGUUUUAGAAUGGUCGAUCAUUGAGCAGGCCCCAGUUCUUCUUCAUGCAUUUGUAAAAAGCAAAUAAGAUUAAAAGAAAAGGUAUUGACCGCCAGUGUGACCGCGGCCUAAUAUAUAAAGGUGUGGACACGUGCUCGUGUGAAUCUCAAUGUAGAACGUAUGUAGACUUGGCUUUACUUAUUUUUCAUAUACUUUUAUAUAAUUUACUAUCACAUAAAUCACAUUUGGAAUAGUGCCCAUGAUAUUAAAAAUUAGUUAAAAUAUUAAUUUGUGGAAUUGAUGUAUGUAUUAGAUUUUUGACUGCCGAGCAAUGUCUUGGGUUUGAUUCCCGUGUAUGACAUUCUCAAUGUACUAAACUUAGUCUCUAUUAAGUGCCAAAAGGCAUUGUGUACGAUAAAUCUAACAACAAUAUCAAAAAUCUAGUACAUACAUUUUCAGAACAACUUUAUUCUAAAUUCAACCUUGAGACACACGUUAUAAAGUCGUAUUUGGUAAAUCUGUAUGUCUGUAAAGGUGAUAUACUUAUGGACUGAUAUAUUUAAAGAUCUUUCAACGAAUCUUAACACUUAUUGUUAACGUCUAAACGACCAAUGAAACCGAGGUGAAACAUUUUUACUCUAAUAAGUCUUAGAAUCUCAAUAUUUCUUCAUUUUAAACCUUAUUUCGAUAUGUAUAAGGUGCUCUGUUUAUUGAAGAGGGCCUUUUUUAUUUGUGAUCUUUUAAAAUUGGAAUAUAUUUCGAAUUUUGCUGAUAUUAUUAUUAAUACAUUACUUUAUUAUACUGAUAGGAAUGUCAUUUGAAAAUGAAUCUUAAAUACAAAGGUACAAACUUGAAAAUUGCAAGAAUGAAUAUUUCUAUGUAUUUUUAUCAGUAUAGUAAAGUAAUUAUAAGUAUUUUGACAUGCAUAAUGUCGUAUGAUUUACAUUUUGUGGGCAUUUUUUAAUAAUGAUCUGUAUUGUAAUAUACAUAGGGUAUAUUUUGUAUAUUUUUGGCAUCUAUUUAAUCAGGGUUCCGUGUGAAUGCCAGAACAUAUUAGUGCAAUUCUGUAAACAGCUUAAUAUACAUUAUAAUUUAGACAUCACAUAGAAGAACUGGAAAUUAGAUGGCCCCUAGUGAUAAACACGAAUUUCUGAGUCAGAUUAUUGAUUGUCAACCUAAUAAUGCUUUUGGUUAUAAAGCUGAAUAUCAAUCGCCAGCUAAAAACAGUUUAGCUCACAUAAUUGUGUCAGUUUUUCAUACAUGGCAAGCUAACUUAUUUUAGCUGGCAUUGGAGAAUCGGCUUUAUAACGAUUGUAUAAGGGUAAAAAUCUAAUAAACUCGACUUAGCAACUGAUAUGCACUCAAAUCACUGUUAGGAUUUCUAACUGGAGUCUUAAAAACUCCAUUAGACAGAUUAUAUACAAACAUUUUGUAUAUAAAAACGUAUAAUGAACACCACAUAUAGUUUUUUUUAUAUAAAAACUAUCGUGAGACAUACUAAAUUAACUAAAUCACAGUUUACUCAGUAAAUAAAUGGAGAAACGCUCUACUAGUUUACCCCAUCUAGUCUACCACGGAACUCUGAAAGCAAUAUAAUUUAUAUUCAAUUAGCUUUCAAAGAAAUUUCUACCAUUUUUUUGUAUUAUUAAUAAUAAUAAUUCAAAGAUUUCGUUACCAUCUUAUUUCUAUUUAAAUAUAUCUUGCAAUAAAGAAGGUUUUAAGAUUAAAAGAGUAUUUUCGUUCCGUAUUGUAGAUACUUAGUAAGUUUAUUUGGCUUUGAAUUAAAUUAAUCUUCUUUAUUGCAUAGAUAUUAGUAAAAGACGGGCUAAUUGUAAAAGGCAACUAAAAUGGCGACUAAAUAGAGGUAGUUUUAUAAUUCGUAGAUAUAGACCAUAGAAGCUAAAUGAAACGGUAAUCUAAUUAUGACCAAUUCGCUUCCAUGGCCAAUCUAUCCGAGCAGACUGGAAAGCCAAGAGAGAGAAAACUAUAAAAGAAAAUAUGAAAAGACAACUUUUUUGUAAAUUUGAAAGAAAUGAAAGAUCGAGUUUUCUCAUCCUUGUCACACGCGAUUCUAGCUCUUAAAGUAAAGUCCGAAGCUAGAAUUUAAAUCAUAUAAGGGUAUAAAUAAAGGCUAAAAUCGCGUGUUUCAGUCUGCAAUUUUAGUAAAUAAUUGAAUUAAACCAUCAUUUCGAUUGCACUUUUUGCAUAACACUUAACUGUUGAUAUAAUUAUGUAUAGAAAUAUUAUCAUAAUGUAUAUUUUACAUUAGGACCGAAAUUAAUUUUAUUAUAAUUAUCGUAUUAAGGAUCCAUAAUUUAUUCUGUAAGUAUUUAUUGUAUUUUGUUUUUUUUUUAAUUGGUUGAUUGUUCUUUUUGGAAUAUGAAUAUGUUUGACGAAUCCUCUUUUUUUUUGUUAACGAUGGCCUAACUAAAGACUAACCAUUCGAGGCCUAAAAUUGGAUUAUUUGUAGAUUUAUAUUUUGAAUGUAUUUAGACGACUUUUUUGUUUGAUGAUGCGAGAAUAAACUUGUAUUACUGAA